UGUUGCCGGAGCCGCUACCUUCUCAUUCUUUCCAGCCCGUCCUUGUACUUUUGGAGAAUUCCCGUGCGGUGAAAACGUGCGCCGUGUGCGUCAUGGAGAGGAGAUGAAUGGGAUGGCUGAGAGUAGUCGGGCCGCGUCUGCAUGUCCAGUAACGGCUUUUCCAAUGCAUUGUGGAAGGAGGAGACCGAUUUGGAGUUGGAGACACCUCGUUUGGUGAGCGUGGAGGUCGAGGAACGCGCACCACGGAUGGCAGGCGGCUUUGGAGUGAAGUUUUACUGGGGGAAUAUUAUUGCUAGAGUCGGAUGGAUUGAUCAGCGGUUCCAUGAUGAGUUCGUUUAGCACGAGGGCCCUGACACUGCUGUCGUCGGUGUUCGGAGCCUGCGGUUUGCUGCUGGUGGGCGUCGCCGUGUCGACCGACUACUGGCUGCUGAUGGAGGAAGGAAUCGUCCUGCAGCAGAACCAGACCACCGAGGUCAAGAUGGCGCUGCACUCGGGCCUCUGGAGGGUCUGCUUCGUGGCAGGACCGGAGAAGGGCAGAUGUGUGGCGUCAGAGUAUUUCACUGAGCCGGAGAUUGAGAUCACGACAGAAAAUACAGCCAACAUACUCAAAAUGGUCCGAACUGCCACUCCCUUCCCCAUGGUCUCCUUGCUCUUCGUCUUCACCGCCUUCGUCAUCAGCAACAUCGGACACAUCCGGCCGCAGCGCACCAUCCUCGCCUUUGUGUCCGGUAUAUUUUUCAUACUAUCAGGUCUCAGCCUGGUGGUGGGUUUGGUUCUGUACAUCUCCAGCAUUAAUGACGAGGUGAUGAACCGACCCAGAGAGCCCGAGCAGUUCUUCCACUACCGCUACGGCUGGUCCUUCGCCUUCGCCGCUUCGUCCUUCCUGCUCAAAGAGGGGGCAGGGGUGAUGUCCGUCUACCUCUUCAUGAAGCGCUACGCCGAGGAAGAGCUUUACCGGCCUCACCCUGCACUCUACCGCCCCCGCAUGUCCGACUGCAGCGACUACAGCGGCCAGUUCCUCCACCCAGACUCCUGGCCUCCACCACAGCGGGGUCGCAGCGCCUCCGAGGUCUCCUCCGACAUCUCCAUCCAGCUCAACCAGACCCCCCCACCGCAGCCGCCUCCCAAAGGGGGCAGCAGCUCCCAGGCGACGCCCUCAUCCUCCGGGCCUUCGUCGGCCGCCAGCUACCAGCUCCAGCCGGCCUCUUCCUCCUCCACCUCCUCCUCCUACCCGCACCCCCUUUACCCAGCUGCCACCUCCACCCUUCCCAGGGUCUCCCACGCCCACGGCCACCCUCAGCCUCACCCUCACCCAAGCGGGCCCCCACCUCAGUCCCUUCCGAUGGCAGUGCCCCCCUCUGCCGUGCCUCCUCCCCGCUACCACACAAAUAUGCGAAUGAGCGCCUCGCCAUGCUAGGCUACAUAAGCAGGGAGUGGGAGGGAAAACACAACUCGGGGUGGGCUAGGGGGGUUAGAUUGGUUCUGUUACAGCUCUGACACACCACACGACAUAAACACAGAUACAAACACAAAUCCUGUACCCUCAAAGUGUGUGGGAGGAGGGUUGCGGCAGAGUCACUGAAGGAAGGAGGUUUAAGGAGAUCAAAAAAAAAAAAAUGAAUAGAGAGGAGGGAGGGGAAGGAAAGGGGAGGGGGAGAGGCAGGUGGUGGGCGGAGGGAUGACUCACCGCCGAUCCCGAGCCCGAGAUGAAGACAGACAGUUAACAAAACUUUUAACACGCUGGGAGGGAAGCUGGGAGGGGAGGAGGGAGGGAUACGAUGAUUAGUAGCAACAGGACGUUUGUGGGGUUUGUGACGGGUACAUUCAUCACCGGGGCCGUGAUACACAGGCAACAGCGUGGAGCAGCGCGGCAAACAGGAAGCUGAACCAUCUCCAAAAUGCUGUCCGUUCACAAAAAGAACAAAAAUGUGAAACAAGCAAUGUAGCUUGUAAACAUACUGUCCUUUCAUCAACCAAGGAUGUAAGUAAGACACCUGCUUGACGUUGAAAAUACCCAAUUUCCUUUGACUCUAUCAUCUGUUUCUGAUUUCGUGAACAUGGUUGGGAAGGUUGAUUCAUUAUAUGUUGAUUAUUUUCAAAAUAGUUGAGAACACUGUGAGAGACGACCCUAAAUUUGACUUGUGUUGUUCAACGUAUAUCUGAGCAGUAAAUUACCACAGGAAUAUUACAUGUUGAUGGAAAGGUGCAUAUUGGGUCUUGAUACAAUCAAAUUUUAAAAAGUCUUAAAAUAAAAAAUCUUGGUCCCAACCAGGAGUAAUAUUUUUUUUUAAUUGCUGACUAAAAAGUUUAGCACCUUUUUUUCCAAAAUUGUUGUCUUUGUUCAGACACAACCUAUUUAUUAAGGCCUUAACAUGGCACCAAAUACAUAUAAUAUAUGAUAUAUUGAAUUUUGCAAAGGUGGACGUCAUAUAAAAUCAUUUUUCAGGGCAUGUUUCAAGAAAUAACUAGCAUAACAACAAGAAGUAACUGGACACUCAACCUUUUAAAAUGAGUCGAGGGCAACAGUCUUCCUUUCCGGCUAGUAUGUUUAAAUUUUACAUUUGUGUUUAAUUGUAAUAUUUGCACAAAAAAUAGCAUUUACAUAGUCAGAAACUGUCUAAAUUGAAAAAAUAUAUAUACAAUUUUAUUUUUACAACUGUAGAUUUACAAUUUUAUGGUUUUAAAUUUGACUUCCCAACUUUGCUCAUGAAAAACUAUAUUUGAAAAGAAUGAGGAAAAAUACCAAUAUGAUACAGAACGUCCAUUUCGUCAAUAAACAGUAUUGCUUAUGGCUUUUGCCCACGCACCAUGACCAAAAACACAACUAUUAUCUACACUUCCAGAGGUGAAAGUGUAUGCAUAGAGAUUUAUACUCCAACUGUAUAGACUUGUUUCAGUAUGCUGAAACAGAUGUUAUGAAAACUUAAUCCUGUACGUUUUAGGUGUUUUAGCUAUCGGAUUUUCUAAGUUGUUUGUACUUUAGGAUGGAAACUUUGGGAAUGAAUGUUCAACAUUUUGUGCAAUGACAUUUGAAGACGCAACUGAGAGACUUUUUAAAGAGUCGAGCACAGUCGGAGAACCUCUGUGGGAAGUUUCUCUGACCUGACUGAGCAGGGAAUGUCUCUUCACCCACGGUACAAUCAAAGGGGAGGCCUUGGCGUUUUGGCAUUUACAAUGCGAGUCUGAGAUUUAAAUGUGUUUGGUGUGUACAUAGUAAUACAUACAGAUGUGAGAAACUACUAGCUAAAGCCAGGUUCAGAUUCCAUUUUAAUCAAUUCGAUUCAGGAAUAAAAGAACUCUGGCAGGGAUCCACUGUUCAGAACAUGAUGAUUGCUCAAUAUAAUAAUAAUGGUGGAAUGUCCAUGGCCAAUUUUGUUGUGAUUUCCACCAUCCCAGUUUUAUUCGUGACAGUUUGGAGGUUUACUUCAGAUGAUUACCUCUCAGUUCUCUGUUUGAGUGACAGUGCACUUCCUGAGUUGACAGAUUUUAAAUGGAAUCUUGUUCUUCCUGGUUUUAUUGAAGUUAUAGAAAGUUUCUAUAAAGAAUAUAUGGAAGAAUAGAAAUGGCACUUUGAUGAACACGAGCUCAGAUGGAGAGCAAACUGAAAACCUGUGUUUUUUUCCAAUUUAGUUCCCGUUUUAAUCUGUUAUUUAUGAAAUUAGCUUAGCAGUAAGAUUUAUACUGACUUUACAUCUUCAUGGAUUCAUAGACAGGUAUGUUUGUGUGUCAUCAGCAUAACAGUGGAAGGAUACUGAAGCAUAAAGGUACCAAAUAUAAAGAAAAUAAAAUGGGCCCUAAGAUGGAACCUUGAGGUACUCCACAAGUGAUUGGGGCAGACCAAUAUCUAUUCGUGUUUCAAUUCCCUGUGACUUUCAGAAUAAAAUGAUUUUCCAAGAGCUUGAAAUCACCAACGGUAUGUUUUAUGUUUAAAACUAUGACAUGAAGUCAUGAGACAUUUUUAUAGUACAGCCAAAAGUCACUGAGAGGAAGAUGUUAGGGUUAGGAGUUACUGGAAUUUGUAUGGCUGCAUUCGAAUAUUUUUUAGUUUUCACUGAAGAUCCAGGUAUUCACUUGUUCUUCUUCACGUAACAAUAGCUAAUUAAGAGAUGUAGCAUUUCCUGUCCAUACUAGCAUAAAACAUUAGGUAAACAGAUUAUUGUUUGACAGUGGAAAUGGCUAUUUAAGGAAAUAUAAAUAAACUGAUCAGAAAUGACAUUUAAACCACCUAAUUAUUAGUCUGCAGCCAUGUUUAGGUGAGUGGUACAUGUCAAAGUAACAACCACAUGAAUGCAGGACCCGAGGUUUAACAGCAGAACAUGAUUAGUCUCAUUCACUCACCUGUCAUUGGUUUCAGUGUUGUUUUGGAUACACAGGUGUUUUUCAGUUUGCCUCCUGCCUAAGUUCUCAUGUUGCACAGUGACUAGUAAGAUUGCCUGUUUUUGUAGCAUAUUAACAAUCGUGCCCAGCAUAGGGCAUUGUUAGUAGCCAUUUUUAGACCUAUCGGGGAAAAUGUUAUGCUUACAACCUGUGGUACUGUUAAAGAAAAACAUUGUAGCAAAUUACCUGCGGUGUUACUAGCAUAUUUUAUGAAUAUUUGCUAUGUGAAAAAUUAAAUAGGAAGUCAUUUAGCAGCUGAUUAUAAGAGCUUUUGCUGAUGUUUUGAGAUGUUUAUUUGAAUUGCCAAAGCUGAGCAUCCAUGCUGUGUAGUGAGCGCACACAUCCAACCACCACAGACACACAAAGACACACAUACAGAUGUUUAUGUAGCUGACCUCUGAGGAGCUCUUUUUUUUCUUCAUACAAAUGAAUCUGAAUCAGUGUUUUUUCAAGGACAUCAGAGCAGAGGAGUAGAGCUCAGAUGCAGUGAACCACUUUCUGAAAUGUUUCCUUCUUCUGUUCAGUGCAGACAUUUCUUCAAACUGUGAUAUGGGUGUAAAUAUUCACACUGUAUAUUCUGUAUGCAGACUACCUAAGAUAUGUUUACAUUAUAAAAGGUAGAGGGAAUUUUCAGGUUUACAUGGUCAUUCAUUUUUGAGUCAGUACUAUAAGACUGACUAAAUACAUGUCAAACUGUUGGUUUAAAUAGGAAAUGUUUUGUUUUCACCAUUCCUGAAAAUGUACUAUUUGCAGGAUUUUUAUCUGCCAGCAGUGUUUUGUUAAGUUUAAAACCAAUAAAGCUUGCCUGGUUCCGGA